AUGGAUGAGAAAUCAUAUCUGCAGCUAGCACGAUUGCGUAAAAAUUGCGCUGUUUCUUUAGCGAUGAUUAUUCAUAGUAAUCAUUUACUGACUGGACUUUUACAGCCAUACAUCGAGAUCCGAGUCGUAAGAUAUUACUGGAAAUCCCAAUGGAUACGAGCAGAGUACAGUUAUCUCGCAUGUCACCCGAAGAAGUCUAUGGCUAGAACAACAAGAAAGUUUAUCAUUCUACGUACCUUCGACGUCCAUGAAGGAAACUUAUACGGAUGUCAUUUUUUCUAUCGAACUCAGAGUGAAAUUGAACGUCGGAUCAAUCAAUUAUGGCGGUCACACAAUAAUUCACCAAUUCUACUAAAAGAUCCCUCUUUAGAAUAUCUUCCGAAGCCAAAUAUUAUCGCGAAUAUCCAACAAAUUGAGCCAUGUUGCACGAGCGGUAAUUCUCGGUAG